AUGGCUAGCGCAUGGACCCUAGAUCGAUUCAGCUUGACGAAUUUUGUCAUGCUAUAUUCAAUAACCAGCAUUCCGAAUCUUGACCCAAAUCACAACACAGGCAGCAUGAACCUUUUCAAAAAGCCAUUUGUGAUUAUACAAGAAUACGGAGCUGCCGCGUAUCAGGAGCUAGUGGAUUUCCGAUAA